AUGGGGAAUGCUGCCUCCAGUUCGGCGAGUGUGAGCUCAUUUUUGCGUCCGCUCCAGCGACUACUGAGAACCCGAGACCUGAAAGUCUCGGAGGGAACUUUGAGGAAGUUCUUGGAGGAUGUAUAUCAAGAUUGGUUGGAUGAGGAGGAGGAACAAGACUUAGAGGAAGCAGUGGCACAGUGCGAGAGGGAGUGGUAUAGUCCGGAAUAUACUAAGCCUCCGCCCUACGAUGUUUGCCCUAGACCAACGGCGCCUUCAGCGGCGUCUGCUUCCUUUAUCAAGCAUAGUACCUGGAACAAAUUGGCCAGCGCUUACCCUGUUUUUCAGGACCCCAAUAUCGCUCACCUGCUGAUAAACAUGCAAGAUCAGGAGGACCCAAUCUGGGUGCCAGUAAGACUGACCAGAGAAUUGAAGAUCGCUGCGAAGGAUGAAGACAACUCAGUGGAUGCUGAUCAUCCUGCUGUGGAUGACUCAAACAGAUGCAAAGAAGAUGACACUCUUGGCAGAACGAGUCUGAACGAAUUGGACGUCUCCGGGGACUACAGCAAGCGUGUGUACCAGGGCGUGAGAGUGAAGCACACCGUCAAAGACCUCCUGGCAGAGAAGCGAUCCAGACAGACAAGUAACUCCAGACUCAACGGCAGUGUCAGCUCCUCCCAGUCUCCGUUCGUCCAGAUGCCAGGAUCGCCAGUCAUGUCAGGUUACUACGGUGUCAGGAGAUCUUUCCUGUCUGACUCCGACUUCCAUAGCAGCAAGCAGUUCUCAAAUGACCUCUAUCCCUCCGGCGUGACUAAGCCCUUUGCCUGUGAGUCCUCAGCUGGACAGAGUCACCCGGGCCUGCUGGAGUCCUACCUGGCAGAGCCCUACGGAGACUACCGCCCACCAGCGCUGACCUCCACACCGGGUUCCCUGUUCGGCACCUCAACUCUGCCGCCGCUCCUGCCACCUCCGUUCCCCGGCGAUCCAACUCACUUUGUGUUUAGAGACUCCUGGGAACAGAUGGUGCCGGAUGGACUCAGCCAACCAGACCCUGUGCCUGCUGAGGUCCUGCAGACCCUGCCACCCAGCACCAGCUGCCUCUCCCAGCUGGAGUCAGGAAGCAGCAACCAACACAGGAGCAUGGGAUGGGGAUCAUCCCUGGCUGGGGCUCAGUCCUACUCGCUGCAUUCACUGGAAGAUCUGCACCACACGCCAGGGUACCCCACCCCGUCUUCAUACCCCUUCACUUCAUUCAUGACCGUGUCAAAUGACCUCCCAUCCAAGGUGGUGCCCCUCUCCCCAGAGGAGGGGUCAGACACCUCUUCCCUUCAUGAUCCUUCACCUUGGACAAAAGAAGAUGGUAGCAUGGCCUGGGGCUCUUACGAAUGCCGGAGAGCCUACUGA